CACCCUACACUGUGGGCUGUCGCCGCUUUCGGCCGAGAUAGCGCAAUAGAUACACGAUUCGGAGCAGAAACUCCGGCGAACAAUGAGCUUCACAAACCACAACCGAUUGCUAUCACUUACAAGACAGCUGACUUCUUACGUCAACCAAGGCUAUCACGAACAAGCCCUGGCUCUGUUCCACCAUAUGCAAACCUCUGUGGUUCUCGACCCCCCUGUCUUUCCCCUUGUUCUCAAGUCCUGCGCCGCUAUCCGCCGCACCCAGCUGGGCGCCGCUAUCCACGCCCUCGUCGGAAGAAUGGGUCUCCUCUCAAAUCCUUUCGUCGCUUGUGCUCUGGUUGAUAUGUACGGUAAGUGUGCUUCAAUUGACGUUGCACGCAGACUGUUCGAUGAAAUUCCCCAACGAAACGCUGUUGUUUGGAAUGCCAUGGUAUCUCUCUACACCCAUUCCAAGAGGAUUCGUGAGGCAUUGUUUGUGUUUGAUGCAAUGGAUGUUGAGCCGAGUACUGGUACUUUCAAUUCCCUGAUCGCUGGCCUGGCAGGAGUGGAGGAUGGAGCGCUGAAAGCUAUCAGAUUUUACAGGAAAAUGGGUGAGGUGGGUUUGAAGCCAGACUUGAUUACGCUUCUUGCUCUGUUACCAGCCUGUGCAGACUUGGGGUCGCUGAAUUUGAUCAGGGAAAUUCAUGGGUAUUCAGUGAGGAAAAAUAUUGAUCCACACCCGCAGAUAAGGAGUGGCAUUGUAGAGGCUUAUGGGAGGUGUGGGUGUCUGGAUAGAGCAACCACUGUCUUCCAAAGCAUGCAGCAAAAGAAUGUGGUUCCAUGGACCAGCCUGAUAUCUGCACAUGCCCUCCACGGAGAGGCAGCGACUGCACUUGAAAUAUUUGGGCAAAUGGAAUUGGCAAACGUGAGACCUGAUGGUAUUACAUUCCUUGCAGUUUUGAAAGCUUGUAGCCAUGGUGGAUUGGCUGAUGAAGCAAUUCGUUACGUAAAAAAGAUGCAUGAAUAUUACGGUCUACGUGCGACCAGUGAUCAUUACUCUUGUCUGAUUGAUGUCCUGAGCAGGGCAGGUAGGUUGUCUGAGGCAUACAAGAUCAUAAGUGAAAUGCCAGUGAAGGCAACCGCAAAAUCUUGGGGUGCACUUCUUGGGGCAUGUAGAACGCAUGGAGACAUGGAGCUUGCCGAGAUUGCUGCUAGAGCUCUGUUUGAGAUCGAACCUGAUAAUCCUGCUACUUAUGUGCUGUUGGCUACAAUCUAUGCUAAUGCAGGGAGACAAGAGGAAGCCAACAUAAUCAGAAGUAAAAUGAAAUCAGUGGGAGUGAGAGUAGACCCUGGAGGGAGCUGGGUAGAAUGAACGGUUAUUGGAGAUUGAGUACAACUCAUUACAGUGAUCAAGAUACAGCUGGAUGCAUGGAAAGGUGGGGAUCGUCGAAGGUGUGGAAUUUUUGGAUUCAAUUGCCUUCGGAAAUGUGCUUUUGUCUACUUCACAAUUGAUUUAGAGGAGGUUAAUAAACCUGAGAGAGAGUACCUUGCCUUUUUUUCUUUCUUUUUUCAGUUUUGGUACAGGAAUGAUGAUGCUAUUAUCAAUUGCCAAGCAAAUACAGCUUAGUACAACUCAAAACAGAAAGAUCAUGAUACAAAAACUACACAGCUACAUAAAUCCAGGAGAAGAAGGGCACUGUUCCAAGCUGAAAGAGAGGAAAUCCCUGAAGGCAAGUUCAACCUCCAUCUUCAUCCAGCGCUAAGCAGCUCACGAAAGACACGGGUUGAUGAUUGCUCACUAUCUCCAUCACAGCAGAAUUAUGAAAUGAUCAAAUCGAUCUUUCUUGAGAGAGUCAACCAAAGAAGGAAACACGAGAACACAAAAUGCAGGGAUAGCCUACAAGACUGCUUUUAGUGGUAGCUUCCCGCACACCAUGGGAACUGAGAAGUGCCGGUAAGACCCGGCGGUUAUGUUUGUACGCCGUUGAUACUUCUGAUAACUUGUUGGUUGCUGGUUGGACUAUUAGAGGACAGAAGAUCAUAAUUUCAUGGUUAAUGUCUUGGCUUGAAAGAUGCCAGUAAGUUCUAAAGGUAUCCAUGAGGCAUGAGCUUAGGGCUUAAAACGAGUCAUAGUAGAUAUUUGGGAAAUACAUAUAUUUGGCAAUG